AUGUGGCAUCAACUCGCGUUCGCUGUGUUCUUUUCUUUUGGUGUAGUGCAUGGGCAAGUCAGUUAUUCUGUUCCUGAAGAAAUGGCAAAGGGUUCUGUGGUUGGAAAUAUCGCACAAGAUUUGGGUUUGGACUUACAGAGACUGAAGCAGGGGAAAGCACGUAUAUACUCGGCAGACAGCAUGGAUCGCUUUGAACUGGAUAAGGAAAGGGGUUUGCUUCUGCUGAAAGAGAAAAUGGACCGUGAAGUGCUUUGCGGAAAAAUCACUCCUUGCGCGUUACAUCUCCAAAUAAUUCUGGAAAACCCAAUGGAGUUAUACAGAAUAACGGUUGAAAUACUGGAUGUUAAUGAUAACGCGCCUACUUUCCAAAAACAUGAGAUCACAUUUGAAAUAAGUGAAUCAGCUGUUACUGGAGCAGUAUUCAUGUUGGAAAAUGCAAAUGAUCGAGACGUUGGUAUUAAUGAUCUUCGAAGUUAUUCGCUUAAACCAACGGAUCAUUUCGUUUUAAAACAACACAGUCAAACAGACGGCGAUAAAAAUGUGGAGAUGGUGUUACAAAAAUCACUCGAUCGAGAAAAACAGGACCGUCUGUCUUUGUUGCUAACGGCCGUGGAUGGUGGCGAGCCACAGAUGUCUGGCACUGUUCAGAUAUAUAUUAACGUGCUAGAUGUUAAUGAUAAUGCUCCAGUUUUUCAACAGAAAACGUACAAAGCCACAAUAACAGAAAACGCACAAAAGGGAUCUAAAUUGACUACAGUACGCGCUACCGAUGCAGAUCAAGGCUCUAACGGUGAGAUAACAUAUUAUAUCUCAAAUAUAAAGGAUACUAUGACCGAUGUUUUCAUUAUUGAUCCACAUAGCGGUGAUGUGACUCUAAAUGGUCAACUUGAUUAUGAAACAGCUAGUCAUUACCAACUUAAUAUUCAAGCCAAAGACCAUGGGGGACUGUCGGACUCUUGUAAGUUAAUCAUUGACGUAUUAGACAUAAAUGACAACAAACCCAUAAUAAAUAUACUCUCUAUGUCCAGUUCCAUUUCUGAGGAGUCUAAAAUUGACACAAUUGUCGGAAUGAUUAAUGUAAAUGACCCAGAUUCUGGUGCAAACGGUCAAGUACAUUGUGUCAUCGAUGACCAAAUUCCUUUUUCCAUCACAUCUUCAACAGAUAAUUUCUUUAGCCUAAGAACCCAUAACAAAUUAGAUAGGGAAAAAACCGGAGUGUAUAAUAUAAGUCUGACAUGUGCUGACGAGGGAGUACCCUCGCUUUCCAGCAGUGUCUCCUUACACUUGCUUAUAUUAGAUGUGAAUGAUAACGAGCCCGUCUUUGAAAGAAGCUUCUAUGAAGCAUACAUCGCCGAGAACAAUGCACCAAGUUACUCUAUAUUCACAGUCAAGGCAAGUGAUACUGACUGGAACCAGAAUGCUCGUGUCUCAUAUAUUCUUGAGGAGAGCACUGUUAAUGGAGCGCCAGUCUCAUCAUACGUGUCUGUUAACGCUGACAGUGGAGUCGUCAAUGCAUUGCGUUCUUUUGACUACGAACAGUUAAAGGAGUUCCAUUUCCGCGUAAAGGCACAGGAUGGUGGCUCGCCUCCUCUCAGUAGUAAUACAACAGUGAAAAUUAUUAUCCAAGACCAGAAUGACAACGCCCCACAGGUUCUUUACCCAGUACAAACUGGAGGCACUAUGUUGGCUGAAAUGGUGCCACGUUCAGCUGAUGUUGGCUAUCUUGUCACUAAAGUUGUGGCUGUUGAUGUGGACUCUGGACAGAAUGCCUGGCUCUCCUAUAAACUACAGAAAGCCACAGACAGGGCUCUGUUUGAAGUUGGAGCACAGAAUGGAGAAAUAAGAACAGUGCGUCAGGUCACUGAUACAGAUGCUGUGAAACACAGGCUCACUGUUGUGGUGGAGGAUAAUGGACAACCUUCUCGUUCAGCUACAGUCACUGUGAAUGUAGCCAUAGCGGACAGUUUUCCUGAAGUGCUGUCAGAAUUCAAUGACUUUAAUCAUGACACAAAGUACACUGAUAAUCUCACUUUUUAUUUAGUCCUGGCACUGGCGGUUGUUUCGAUACUCUUUUUUUCCUCAUUAAUCGCAAUAAUUUCAGUCAAAAUCUGCAGAUGGAGGCGAAACAGAUUAUGCUAUAAAUCUGCCACAAGUCUUCCAGUGAUUCCAUAUUACCCACCUGUCUACGCUGAUGGUACUUUACAGCGUGUGUAUAAUUAUGAGAUGUGUGGAACAACUGAUUCCAGGAUGAGUGACAUCAAGUUUGUCAGGCCUUACAGCCAGAACACACUGGUAAAUGUGAGUCGUGCUGGAACUAUGCAAAGAGAAAACAAGGAACAGGAGGAUGCUGGUUUCUCGUUAGAGGUGAGAUUUUUUAAUAACCCCUAA